AUGGACGAUACUGACAGACGCUUUCAGAUGUUUUAUAUUCGGAAUUGGUGUCCCGGUCGCAGUGUGUUGGAAGACACAAACCCGUGGCUAAAGGAUUUCGCCCCCAUGCACCAGAGCCUUGGCGUCCGAUCGGCCAUCCAGACUCUAGCUGGUAUUUAUACCUACGACUAUUUGCCCCUAGAUUCCAUUCGCGACAGAGUCAAUCAGCGGUUCUCUGAAGCCGAGCAGCGGCUUUCUCCGCUGCUCAACGACUCAACCACCGCGCAGAAUGAAGCGCAAGCCAAUGAAUCCAUUACCAUUGUCGACAUACUCUCUAUGCAGGAUGUAUUUUGGAACCGUGUGAAUUCGCUUGCUUAG